CUGGAAGCCCGAGAGCUUUGCAUGACCGGGCCGGCUUCCGCAUUUUACUGUAGUGUCAACACCAAAGGGGGCUUAACGACCGAGGUAAAUGUAAUCGUAUCGGCCAGUCGUUGGAAUGGCCAUGCUUCAUUAAAACACAGAGUCUUGCCAUGUCGACUUACUUCCAAAUCAAAACCUUCCUCCAUCAUACAUCCCAACCACCAACUCUCAGAGCCGCCUGGCUGUUCCAGUCCAGUCCUCAUCAUGCCCGUCAAGUUUGCCAUCAGCUCUAGCGCUCUGUCACUAGCGCUUUUGCUCUUUGGUCAAGGCAAUCCGUGCCUCGCCGCGACAACAGUUGACAAUUCUUAUAUUUACUUGGACAAUGCAGAAUAUCUUGUCGAAUCCUCCAAUCUCAUCAAGAUGUCCUGGUCCGCAUUGGAGGCCGCCUUUGCCAGCCCCAACCGCUCGGACAUUGCCACUUUCACCGGUCUGGACUGGACAAAGCCGUACCCCGGGACUCCAGUAUCAGGCUUCACUGCCCAUCUGCGGAUAGCGGACGAGGUGCGUUUCCCGCCCGCCGUGACGGAAGAGAAUGUUGUCACCAACGUGGCAGCUCUCAAUUUCGGCAUUCCGCCCUCCAUGAAGAAGGCAAAUGGCCUCCCCAAAAGCAUACAUUCCUCGUGGUACAUCUGUCAACACUACUACAUCAGCACCCUGCCUGACCCGACAUCGGAUAUCGCGCACGAUUGUUCCUUUCUACCCAGUCAAUGCCAGAAAGACCUGAAAGCCAGCUUGACUAAGAACUGGGGAGCAUUCGAGAGCGAGCAGGGUGGCAUGUGCGGCACAUGGGCCUUUGACUUCAUCACGGAAAGCUGCCAAGGCACGCUGGGAAGGCUCACAUCAGAUGUACUGGGUUGUCCUGCGUCCAUUACCGAGGAUGAUGGCUCUGCGAGAGAUUUCGCAGUUGAUGAAGUAGGACCCUAUGCGUGGAUGGUUGGCACCGGUUUCAACGACCCGGGCAAUCAAACAUCGUAUUAUGCUGCAUCCAACAGGACCUACAUUUUUGCUACUGUUUUCGGGUACAACUCUGGAUACACUGGUUCGGUCCAGCCGGUGGUCGAACUUGCUUGUCUUCGACCCCAGUGGACCGCACCACCAGAACCGCCAAAAUCGACCCAGACCACUUCUUCUUCUUCUUCUUCUUCUUCUUCUUCUUCUUCUUCUUCUUUGUCGUCUUCUUCUUCUUCUUUUACCUCAACGACGUCAGGCUCAUCUUCAAAGGCCUCGAUGGCUUCGUCUGCCUCCGUUAUCUCUGGAUCUAACUACUACUUCCACUGCACAUGCAUUGCCCUCCUCCACUAUGCACUGCAUAGGUGGUACCACGGCUGAAGGGGUCUCGGACAAUCUCAUAGGACUUUGUUCCUACAGCUGUGAUUACGACCACUGCCUCGACUCUGCUUGUACCUGCACCCAGUCCGCGGCGGCGGCAGUCGCGGCACCAACCCAAUUGGCAGGCAAGCGCGGGUGCCCGGCAGACAACCAGAGCCCUUCCAACUCGGACUAUUCGUAUUAUGUGGAUAUGUGUGAGUUCAUUUGCAGUCGGGGUUACUGUCCCGAAGGAGCGUGCAAGUAUUGCUGAGCUAGGCUGGUAUUGCCCCAUGACUGGAGGGGAACCUACCUACCUCUAUGUACCUCUAUAACGAGAAAAUCGGGCAGCUACCAUACAUACCUUUACAUGUAGAAUCAUGGGAGAAAGUUACCUAGCGAGUAGCAACUUGGGAAGAACGAGUGGAACAUGAAAGGCCGGGCGAUGAUUCGGUACACCUAGGGGUAUCUAGAGGUAGUGUAGAGGCACGUCAUUAGCUGUGGAAUAGCGAGGUGAUUGGAAUAGCAACUUCAGAGGUCCGAUGUACCCAUCACGGAGACUUCCAC